UUGAUGUUUGUUGGUCGUGUGUUACUUUUUAAUAAAUGAAUACGUGACUAAAAAUGUAUAUAUACGAGUUACCUUUUGAUAUUAAUAAGGAAUUGUGUAGGUUAUUAGAUAACGACGACGACUGGAAGGAAUUGGCCGGCGUUCAUAUGAAAUAUUCGGCUUUCGAUGUCAAUGAAAUAGAACAAGUUGCAAACCGUCAAGCCUCCUCUCCCACGAACCAACUAUUCACUAGAUGGGGUCAACUAAACCAUAGAGUAGAAGAAUUAUUUAUUUUAUUAUAUCGCAUGAAACACAUACCAGCACUAAGAUGUCUAGUACCCGUAGUUGACAGCAGAUUCCACCGCCUCCUACAGAAACAGGAUAGCAAGAGUUUGAAAGAGAAACAUUAUCUUUCAUCCGAUGGUAACGUCAAUAGACAAAAAACAUUGAAAGUUGAGGGAAGUGACACAUCACUACCUCUGCCUGUAAUGCUUAUUGAAAAAGCUAUACAACUGCCAACACCAAGCAGAGUGUAUGACUAUGCAUCACCAACAGAUGAUUCGAAUACAGAUAGUACGAAGAAUUCGAGAUCUACACAAGGCAACAAACCCGAAGGUUUAGAUGACGAAGUACUCAGAAAUGUAUCAGCUAUUCCGCUGUUAAGUUAUGAAGAUCUAAGGGAGGCUACUAAUAACUGGAGCGACAAUAAUCUGCUGGGGAAAGGAGGAUUCGGGAAAGUGUACAAAGGAGAAUGGAAGCUACUGCCAGUAGCGGUGAAGAAGUUGCUUGAUAACGAUGGCAAGAAUAAAGAACUCAUCAGAGAAAUGUGCCUCAAUCAGUACAGACAUGACAAUAUUCUGCCGCUAUAUGGGUAUAGUCUAGGAGGUCCAGAAGCUUGUCUUGUAUACCAGUUAAUGGCUGGAGGUUCCUUGGAGCAGAGGCUAAGAUUCAAAACUCUAUACCCGCCGCUUUCUUGGGGACAGCGUCACAGGAUAGCACAUGGUGUUGCCAGAGGUCUCCAAUAUCUCCAUACAAUGGCCGGGACACCUUUAAUCCAUGGAGACAUAAAACCCGCUAACAUUUUGUUGGAUCAGUGCACUAUCCCUAAGAUUGGAGACUUUGGUCUCGCUAGAAAGGGACCUUAUGGAGAAGACAGGACACAUUUAAAAGUGUCUAGAGUUCACGGCACUCGACCGUAUCUACCGGACGAAUACCUGCGGUCGCGAUGUCUCUCGCCAGCCGUGGACGUGUUCAGCUUCGGGGUAGUCAUGGUGGAGAUGGCGACCGCCUUGCCCGCUAUAGAUAAAGCUAGAUCGGUUUUACUAUUGAGCGAUUACGUUCAUCAAUUAGCUAGAGAGGGGGUGGAUUUUGCCACUGAAGAGGACGCAAUUCUUCGUGGAACUCAAAAUUCUUAUCCCCAACUAUGCAGAGAGUUUGUAGCUAUAGGUCUUCACUGUACAAAGUAUUUGAGACAGGAGAGACCAACAAUGCUUGAAGUUUACAAAAGAUUGGACGCUAUGGAAUUCCCAGGGAAACAUUAUUCAUGAAAUUAAUAUUAUAUAAAAAAAAAAA